UUGCUAUAAAGCGUCGAAAAGGCGCACCAAUGAACUGUCCUCCUAAGAGAACUAACCCAGCUUCUCCGGUUUAGUCUACUAUAAACCGAUUCUUCCCGCAUUGAGGCCAUUCGGAAUCAAGCAGUAUAUCCACACUCCCGCAACCUAACGAUAUAUGUUAAGCCACUAAAGUAGGCAAAUAACCUAUAAGUAAUGAUUUGAUAAACGCACUACAUGGUAGAGGGGUAAAACAUAUGGCUUUUAACGCCGAAAACCUAUCCCCGUUCCCAUAGGUAACCUCUAUGUUAUAGCUUGCCCAACUCCUCGUGUUGUUAAACCGAAAGAUGGAGUUGUCCGCAAGGCCCUUUUUAAACCUUCAAAUCUCGGUGUCUACUAGCCCGCAAAGCCGCAUAUUUAACACUCCUAAAAUUUAUAUAGCCAUUAUCUAGACAAUAUUACCCCGCUAGCACUACAUUGCUGUUUUAUAAUAUUUACUACGAAGUAGAGAGUAGUCAAGAGCAACAAUGGCAACCCUUGAUGGAAAAGUAUUCGCAAUUACUGGUGGUGCUAGCGGAAUCGGGUUUGCAACGGCACAGAUAAUAUCUAAACGCGGUGGGAUUGUUUGCAUAGCCGAUGUUGACCCGGCAGCCAUAAGCAACGCGGAAGAAUACUUUACCAACCAAAAUGCACCCUUCACUGUUACCAAGGUAGAUGUUUCUAAGCGGGACGAGGUUGAAUCUUGGAUCGACGGCAUCGUCCAGAAAUACGGCAGACUCGAUGGCGCUGCUAACGUCGCGGGUAUAAUCGGCAGACAUCAUGGCAUACGAGAGGUUGCUGAUCUCGACGACGACGAAUGGCACAAGAUAAUCGCAGUUAACCUCACGGGGACUAUGUAUUGCUUAAGAGCUGAGCUCCGAAAAAUCGUUGACGGUGGCUCUAUUGUGAAUGUUUCCUCUAUUCACGGGCUUCAAGGGUUUGCCAAACAUGGAGCGUAUGAUGCCAGCAAGCAUGGUGUCAUAGGUCUGACAAAAGCUGCUGCCAAAGAAAAUGGGGUCCGGCAAGUGCGUGUCAACGCGGUGGCCCCGGGAGCCAUAUUUACUCCGCUGAUGGAGAAGAGCUGGAAAAUCCAUAAUCGACCAUCUGAUGCACCCUUUGAUGAUACGGCAGCUCUCGGCAGACAGGGAACGGCGGAGGAAUGCGGCCACGUCAUUGCUUUCCUUUUGGGUCCCGACUCCAAGUAUGUGAGCGGGAGUGUAUAUUCUAUCGACGGCGCGAUGUAGCCCGCAAGCAU